UUUUUUUUUUGUCAUUGUUUUGAAUAUGUUUUAUUUUUUGGUUUAUUUUCAGCAAGCUUGUUCCUUAAGUAAUGCACCCAAUUAUCGUCCUACACCCGAUUCAAGUAGCAAAAAAAAUCGUCGUGAGAGGAAGGAGGAUGAAUUGUGGAAGGGAAUUGAUCAGAGUCUCUUCCUCGGUCCAUCGGGAAGUGUUGUGUGGGCAAAUGUGUUGGUGGGCAGAGUGCUCUACAGUUGCCUCACGGAUGCGGUUCUACAGGAAAAAAUACAGGACUUCCUCCAGAAGAAGCUAAGUGCAAUAAAAUUACCCAGCUUCAUGGAGGACGUCAAUAUUGCUCAAAUUUAUUUGGGUGACAAACCACCGCUUAUCCACAAGGUUUCCCAGCCACUCAUGGACGAACGGGGAACAUGGAUUGAUGCUGAUGUCACGUAUGAGGGACUUAUGCAUAUGACUAUCACCACUAAACUCAAUUUACUUAGGCUCAAGAGGCAGCAGCAAAAUUCAG